CCAACAUUUUCCUCACUCCUUCCUUUUUCUUUCCAACACAUGAGGGUAUUAAAGUCAUUCCACCUAACACAGCGACCAGUAAAACCAUAUAAAUUGGAAGGUGAGGCUCUAAUCCAUGCAGAGAAAACAAUAACACACAACAUACUUUGAUUCUUCUUCUUUGCUCUCUCUCUCUGUCUCCUCUCUACUCGAAAACAUGAACACAUUUACCUCAAACUCUUCGGAUCUCACUUCCACUACAACGCAAACGUCUCCGUUCAGCAACAUGUAUCUCCUCACAACGCUCCAGGCCUUUGUGGCUAUAACCUUGGUGAUGCUUCUCAAGAAAGUCUUCACCACGGAUAAAAAGAAAUUGUCUCUCCCGCCGGGUCCCACCGGAUGGCCGAUCAUCGGAAUGGUCCCAACGAUGCUAAAGAGCCGUCCCGUUUUCCGGUGGCUCCACAGCAUCAUGAAGCAGCUAAACACCGAGAUAGCAUGCGUGAGGCUAGGAAACACUCACGUGAUCACCGUCACAUGCCCGAAGAUAGCACGUGAGAUACUCAAGCAACAAGACGCUCUCUUCGCCUCGAGACCCAUGACUUACGCACAGAAUGUCCUCUCUAACGGAUACAAAACAUGCGUGAUCACUCCCUUCGGUGAACAAUUCAAGAAAAUGAGGAAAGUCGUGAUGACUGAACUCGUUUGUCCCGCGAGGCACAGGUGGCUUCACCAGAAGAGAGCAGAAGAGAACGAUCAUUUAACCGCUUGGGUAUACAACCUGGUCAAGAACUCGGGCUCGGUCGAUUUUCGGUUCGUCACGAGGCAUUACUGUGGAAAUGCUAUCAAGAAGCUUAUGUUCGGGACAAGAACGUUCUCUGAAAACACUGCACCGGACGGUGGACCGACCGCUGAGGAUAUCGAGCAUAUGGAAGCUAUGUUCGAAGCAUUAGGGUUUACUUUCUCCUUUUGUAUCUCUGAUUAUCUACCUAUGCUCACGGGACUUGAUCUUAACGGCCACGAGAAGAUCAUGAGAGAUUCGAGUGCUAUUAUGGACAAGUAUCACGAUCCUAUCGUCGAUGCACGGAUCAAGAUGUGGAGAGAAGGCAAGAGAACUCAAAUCGAGGAUUUUCUAGACAUUUUUAUUUCUAUCAAGGAUGAACAAGGAAACCCAUUGCUUACCGCCGAUGAAAUUAAACCCACCAUUAAGGAGCUUGUAAUGGCGGCGCCAGACAAUCCAUCAAACGCCGUAGAAUGGGCCAUGGCGGAGAUGGUGAACAAACCGGAGAUUCUCCGCAAAGCAAUGGAAGAAAUCGACAGAGUUGUCGGAAAAGAAAGACUUGUCCAAGAAUCCGACAUCCCAAAACUCAACUACGUCAAAGCUAUUCUCCGUGAAGCCUUCCGUCUCCAUCCCGUCGCUGCCUUUAACCUCCCACACGUGGCACUUUCCGACGCAACCGUCGCCGGAUAUCACAUCCCUAAAGGGAGCCAAGUCCUUCUCAGCCGAUAUGGGCUGGGUCGUAACCCGAAAGUUUGGGCCGACCCACUGAGCUUUAAACCGGAGAGGCAUCUCAACGAAUGCUCUGAAGUUACUUUGACGGAGAAUGAUCUCCGGUUUAUCUCGUUUAGUACGGGUAAAAGAGGUUGUGCUGCUCCGGCUUUAGGUACGGCGUUGACCACGAUGAUGCUCGCGAGACUUCUUCAAGGUUUCACUUGGAAGUUGCCUGAGAAUGAGACACGUGUUGAGCUGAUGGAGUCCAGUCAUGAUAUGUUUUUGGCUAAACCAUUGGUUAUGGUCGGUGAGUUGAGACUCCCAGAGCAUCUUUACCCGACGGUGAAGUAAGAGUAAGACGACGGCGUAUAUAUUUUAUUAAAUAACUUCUACCUACUUAUGUAAUUAACCAGAGAGUUUGGUCGGUUUCUCCGGUUACCAGAAGAUAAUCGGUUAGUAUGUGAACAAACUUGUGCUUGGUUUUGGUUCUUUUCGGUUGGGUACACUUGAAUUGUGUGUCCCUUUUCUUAUCUUUUAAUUUCAAUAAAUUUUUGUUCUUUUCUA